UUGCGUGUUUUCCGUGUGCCAAGUACAAGUGUUAUAGCAGAGACCAAAAUGUUGCCAACUCCAUCAACUUCGCAGAAAGAGAACGAUGAACGACUACAGACACUAAAGGCAGCAGUAGCUCAAGAAAAUGAGAGAAUUGAUGGUAUCGCUAAGGAAAAGCUGAGUCAAAUUAAGGAGUUCGAAGCAUUGAUUGAACGGCUAAACGAGUUGCCAAAGAAGUUACAGCAUCAUGUUAUGGUACCAUUGGGUGGCGUGGGUUACAUGCCAGGAAAGAUAGUCCGAACGAAUGAAGUUAUGGUUUUGGUAGGAGACGGAUAUUUCGUGGAGAAAAGUACUUAUGAUGCUGCGAUCUUUCUGAAUAAGCAAAUUGACAUGAUCAAAAAAGUUCUCAGUGAUAUUGAGACAGAAAAAAAGCUUAUCAACGAUCAGUUAGGGUUCGCAGAAAGAUUAUUUGGAGAUAACCGAGGUGAAGAAGUGGAAAUCCGAGAAGACUAUGAUGAAGAAGCUGAAGCUGAAUUCAAAAGGAACAGAGAAAAGCGCCGUGCCAUAAGUUCACUCAAACCUCCAUCGGAUACCAAAGCCGGCUACAAAGAUUUAAUGAGUAGAUUGGAUGAGUUAGAACUGAAUGAAUCAGAGAACAAAGAACUAGAUGAGUCCACACAGUUCACUCCUCCACCGGGAAUCAGUCAGAAUGAUUACAACAAACUCAUCGCAAGACUUGAUGACGACACUGAUUCCCUCGACGAUGAAGAUGAAGAGGAGUAUGACGACUAUGAAAUAGAUUCUGACGAUAUCCCUGAAGAAACUGUUGAAGAACCCCAGAAGGUUAAAAAACUGAAUCUUCCAAAAAAACUUAUUCAAGAGAGACGUGGUGUUCGGUUUGCCGAUGAAGGUGAAAACUGGUCUAAAAAAUCCGCCGGUCCCAGUUUAGAAGUUCAUGAAAAGCAAUCUUUCGGUUUAUCAGAAGGUUCUGCUUCCAUACUAAGAAAUACAAAGCCUGGACCAAUUGAUGAGAAAGGUUUAGAGGAAAUUCAGAAACGCGAACAACCUCGAGUGUUUGAGGCUAGUGGUUCAGCGUUUUCUGGAGUUUUUGUCGAGCGUCAAGGUCCAGUAGCUCCCUCUGUCUCAUCGCAAUUAGAUACGGAGCCUUCUACUUCGAGUGAGCCCCCAAAGAGGAUAAGUAAAUUCAAAGCUCAACGAAGUCAUCGUUAA